AUGCCUACAUUGUCGGAGAAUAGCUCUACCAGCUCAAACGAUCUUCGCUCGACUCAAAAUUCAGACGACGACAGCGACACCGCUGAAUUUUACCAAGACGUUCAGGAGGUUUGGUUUCCUGGCUGCCAUUCCGACAUCGGGGGAGGAUGGAAACGAUCACGGGGCGAGCGAUGGCGCCUCAGCCAUGGACCUUUGGUUUGGAUGGUUCAGGAGGCCGAGCGUGCCUGCUUGCAACUCGACUCUCGCAAGAUGAAGAAAUCAGAAUGUACUGAGAAGUUUGACGAGAAUUUUUCUCUCUACGAUGAUUCCGACCAUGAUACCAACCAUCCGAGCGUGCCAGUCAACCAGCGACAUUCCUCCCAACAGCCGGCGUCUGCGUCCAGCACCGCCUUCCAUGAAGCCCUUCGUUUUUCGGCCGCUCACGGCAUCAUACAUGAUCGCCUGGAUUCCCGACACGGCUUCUCGUUCUCAUCGGUGCUAUCCUGGCGUUUGAUGGAGUAUCUGCGUCUGUCGUGGAUGGCGUUGCAACCUAAUAGCUCGUGGAAAAAGGUCAAUUGGCUUCACCGUGGUGCAGCGCGGGAUAUUACUACGGAGUCUCAGAUCCAUCCUUCUGCCAUUCAGCGCAUGGCGUCAGAUCCUACGUAUCGUCCGGAGAACUUGAUCUUAGACCGAGGCAGAAAACGCAAGAAGGAAAUGGCAGAAAAUGCAAGAAGGAAAUGUGAGAAGAAAUUAGUGUUCAGGAAUGGGCGGUCUGUCAAAAUAAGGAUGACCCCGUACGAAAGGCAUAUUUCCAUAGUAGCUAUAGAUAGAUGGUACAAUCAUGCGAAUGGCUAG